AUGGCAAAGGUCAUAAUGGCAGAUGUCACCAUGGCAGAGUCUCUUGACCAAGAAUCUCAGCCAGCGGUGCAGAAAGCAUUCCCGGGCGAGAUUCACAACCACAUCGCUGGGAUGCUCGGUCCCGUUGACCUGAUCUCCCUCAGCCAGACCAAUCGUUACUUCCGGCAGCUCAUCAACCCUGGAUGGAAGGAGCUUGCAGAGCGCCUCUUGGUCAUUGAAUGCAAAAAGAAGCACGGAGGCGGCACCUCCUUGUUCUACACCACCGCCGAUGAUCACACGCAUCUCCACGACACGCUCGAACCGUUCGAGGCCAACCUCUGGGCCUGCCCGGGCUGUCUCCAGCUGCUCCCUCAUUACCGCUUCGACAACCAGUCCAUCUACUGGCUGGCAACCCGAAAGCCAAUGCCCGGAACACCCGCCGCUGAUAUCGCCAGCUCCUGGGUCCCGACACAGCACAGGGAAGACUCUGAAGAGGAGAGCAAGCGCAUGAGGCAAGAAAUAUACACGUAUUAUAUGAUGCAUCGUUCAGAGGCAGACGAUGAAGACGACCCCGUCCUCAUGAACGAAAGUUGCGGAUACGACCGCCAUAAACGCCGAUGCAUCGAAUGUCAAUACCGGCUUGGGAUGGUCGGAGGCUAUACUCGCGAUCAGCUUCCCCCAAUUCCGCCAUCACAUGAAGAGCGCCUCGCAGGUACGGUAAGAACCACCAGUACCCUCACGAGUCGCGCGGUCAUGCUGAGCUCGGGCUUCGUUCGAUUCUGGCCCAAGCUCGACGAGAUGAUUCAAUGCAAGGCUCCGACCAUCACGCCUCUCGGAUCCAACAGCAUACCCUGGCGCAGAGAGGACAAGCUCUGGGACAUGUACAUGAUCCGCUGCACCGGCUGCGAAGGAUGGAAGGAGCUUCGGGCAUUCCGCAUCGAAGGCACGCGUCUGGACUGGAGACCCUUUCGGUUUACCACCGGCAUCCCGCAGUGGCUCCCGCGCGACGUGGCCAAGGACGACGAGGCGCCCAAGCUGGAGAAUCGCCCGCUGGCAGAGCUUCGGUGCAACCACUGCUUUGCCUGGGAGCACGGCACUGAAAGACUGGGCGAGAUCCUCACCAUCCGGUUCGAGAUGAACAUCAAGCCGCACCUGUCCGAGCUGGAGUACCGCCUGCACUCCCACUACAAGGCGGUCAAGUACCUCGGUGCCGAUGGGGCCGCAGAGAAGCACCGUCCGAAGGAAGAUCCGUCGGGGCACUUCGAGGAACUGGUGCGGUUGGUGCGUCAGGCGGAGGAGAACAACAGGGAGCUGAGCGAUAACCGCCAAUGGAGCCUCAACCAAGCCGACGUUGACAGACUGCGAACUGAAGCUAAAGAGUUCAAAGACAUAUGGAUCAGAAUGCGGACGUCUCAGCCGCGCCUCGCAUCGAAGCUUGGUAGAGACAGGGCCUUUAUCUCGUGGAUCAAUGAUUUUAACAAUUCAGAGAUCGAAUGGAAGUGGCUCAAAGAGUGCCAGGCCAAGAUCCUGGAGAACCCGGAUUUGCUGCUGCAGUGGGCGCUGAACCUUGAUGCCCCACGUUGUUGCUAUCCGUCUGCUGGGUAG